GCGAGACGAUCCUGCCCCAGUCGCGAAUAUUAUCCGUGCCUGUUCGCAUUGAUGCGAUACAACGGAGCAGUCAAUCAGACGCACGUACAGCGAUGGCCGAUUUCGCUUCGGUUAUGCAAAAAGUUGAUAAGCCGGGGCCGGGGCUGGGGCCGGAACAUUCGCAUCCGUCGCCUGACCCCCAGGCAACGAUCCUCCAACAGGAUGACCUGAGACUGUACAAGGCCCGGUGGAUAAUACUGGUCGUAUACAUGUUGUACUCCAUGGCCAACGCCGUACACUGGAUACAGUACAGCAUCAUAUCCAACAUCAUGGUGAAGUUUUACGGCGUGUCAAACUUCGCUAUAGACACCACAUCCACCAUAUACAUGAUCGUGUACGUUCCGCUGGUCGUACCAGCGUCCUGGAUUCUUGACCGACUGGGCCUCAAAGUGACGAUGGUGAUGGGAGCUGCUGGUACAUGUCUGGGCGCAUGGAUUAAAGUUCUUUCUGCUGAGCCGGGUCGAUUUUUGACAACGUUGCUGGGACAAGGUUUGGUGGCGUGUUCACAAGCAUUCAUACUGAGUUUGCCUUCCAGAUUAGCAGCGGUUUGGUUUGGAUCAACCGAAGUCUCUACUGCUUGUUCCUUAGGAGUUUUCGGCAACCAGCUAGGAGCAGCUCUCGGAUUUUUAAUUCCACCAAUGAUAGUGCACGAUAGCGAUAACUUAGAUGACAUAGGAAAUGAUUUAUGGAAAAUGUUUAUAUCUUUCGCUAUUCUGAAUACUGCAAUAUUCUUUUUAGUUAUUUGGAUUAUACAAGCCGAACCACAAAUAGCACCAAGUAAUGCCCAAGUUGUACAAAGAAAAAAAAGAGACGAUCCAGAAAUUUUACAAGAUGUAUUUAUGAGCUCAGUUAAAGAAUUAUUAAAAAAUAAUGGUUACAUUUUAUUACUUAUAUCGUACGGUAUUAAUGUCGGUGCGUUUUUUGCUAUAUCAACUUUACUCAACCAAUUUAUUUUACUCUAUUUCCCGGGUCACGAAGAAGAUGUCGGACGAAUUGGCCUCACUUUAGUAUUAUGUGGUCUAGGUGGUUCGAUUAUAUGUGGAUAUAUUCUAGAUAAAACGCAUCUCUAUAAAGAGACGACCCUGAUGGUUUACGGCAGUACUUUGAUCUCUAUGUUGAUCUAUACGUUCAGUCUGUCACACGGUCAAUCUAUUUGGAUAAUAUACAUUACAGCUUCAUUAUUGGGGCUGUUUAUGACUGGAUAUCUACCUGUCGGCUACGAGUUAGCCAUCGAGUUAACGUACCCAAUUCCUGAAGGCACGUCCAGCGGUCUACUGAACGGCGGCACCCAACUGAUUGGCUUCAUCCUGACAUCGAUUUACAGCUGGGUGUUCAGCACCAUGGGUGAUUUGGCGGCCAACAUGAUGAUCGUCGGAUUACUGACUUUCGGAUUCUUAUUGACCAUAUUCAUACCGACUGACCUGAAGAGGCAGGCCGCACACAAAGCGAUCGAAGACAAACAAAAAUUGGGAUUUGGACUUUGACUAAUAUUAUAUUUUAUCAUAUAUUGUAUGUAAAAUAUUUAUUAAUUACAAUCUCCAUCGUUUCUUCUAUCGAUACCAGAUUCAUUUAUUGAUGUAUUCUAUUUAUUUUUAAUUCGUUUUGGUAAUAUUUUAUUAUUAUACUAUAAUAUACUGUAUACAUAAUAUAUGAUAUAUUAUUAUUAUGAUUUUGACAAAUAAACUUGUAUACAAGCGCGUCUGUGACCGUGGAAAACCUACACGGUUUCCAAUAUCGAAUUCAUCAAACAGAUAAUAUUAUAAUAUAUGGAAUACUAACGUCAACAUUAUGUAUAAAUCAAUAAAUAUAUUAUUUUAUACAGAACUGGUAUCCACUGUUCAUAGCAGUAAUAGUAUCGUUUCGUUUUCGGUUACUCCCCUCCCCUCACUUUUUGUCAUCCUACACACUACUCGUUUGUACGACCUCUAAAUCCAAAAAUUACUGAAAUUCUUCGAAUCGUUUAAUCUUCAAACAUGUUUUUGGAUAACCCGAUCUGAGGGUAAAGAUUUUUUUCUUAGUUAAAGAAAUGAAACUAAGCGUUUUUGAAAUAAAAUAAUACUUAAAAUAUUUGUAUAGUAUUUAUCAACGAAUCCGAA